CGGCGCAGGCGCGUAGCGCGGCGGCCCGGCCGCGGGGGGCCCGGAGAGCCGCGGCGACGCCGGCCAGGAUGGUGCUGGAGAGCGUGGCCCGCAUCGUGAAGGUGCAGCUUCCCGCGUACCUCAAGCGGCUCCCGGUGCCCGAGAGCAUUUCCGGCUUUGCCAGACUCACAGUUUCAGAAUGGCUUCGGCUACUACCUUUCCUUGGUGUACUUGCACUACUGGGCUACCUUGCAGUCCGUCCAUUCCUCUCGAAGAAAAAACAACAAAAGGAUAGCUUGAUUAAUCUUAAAAUACAAAAGGAAAAUCCAAAAGUGGUGAAUGAAAUAAACAUUGAAGAUCUGUGUCUUACUAAAGCAGCUUAUUGUAGGUGUUGGCGUUCUAAGACGUUUCCUGCCUGUGAUGGUUCGCAUAACAAACACAAUGAAUUGACAGGAGAUAAUGUGGGUCCACUAAUACUGGAAGAAAAGAAUAUAUUACAAUUAGGAUUGAAUUCAAUUGUAUAA